UGCUUGAUGAUAUGGUCCAUGUUGGCGGUCACUACUAGGGCUUUGCAGCAAUGGGAGACGGGUGGGCAUACUGUACCGGUACACUGCAUCCUUUGACCAUGCAACUCGUGAAUGACAAUACGAUUACUGUAUGUGUCCAAUGCGCUGGCUACACGCUAAUGAACGUAACUGGCAACGUCAAGGAUAGGAGCCAAGGCGUGUGGAUACUGUCCACUGGUUUGUGAUCAGCACCACAGCGUGGCUAGGAUGGGUGCUAGGUGGGCCACAGGUCGUCGCCUGCGACAGAAGGGUCACGCCACUGCCUGGUGAUCGCCAAGGAUUUCGGAAACAUCCUUGAGAUGUGGAUCGAGUGUGAUUAUCCGGAUGACCGGAUAUGGACAUGCCCGAAACGGCACACCACCAAUAAAAGCAUGCCUUCGGCGAGCAAGAAGUCCAAGCUGCGCAAGGUGCCUAUCGGGCCACCUCCAGUUAAGAGUCGACGGAGGGCACGGGAACUGACCACGGAAUUCCAUCGCGUGACGCAUGAGCUGCAGCGGUUGAAAUCGUCCAAGGCCAAAAAGGACGACGACGCCUCGCAACGCGUGCAGGAACUGGAGCACCGGCUCAAGGAGAUGGGGGGUCGGGAAGCAUAUCAAGACGCGAGUAUCCUGUCCACGAGUCUGCACAAGACCAGUCGGUGGGUGUUCCAGCUCUUGACCAAGUUUGAGUUGCGGCCAGGGAAAAAGAUGUCGCCGUUGAGGGUGCUUGAAGUGGGCGCAAUCAACACCCAAUUGGUCGUGUGUCCUUGGCUGGACGUGCUGGCGAUCGAUCUCAUUGCGAGAAACCCCAAGAUCCAACAGAUCGACUUCUUCGACUUGGACUUGACCAAGCGCUUCGACGUGGUGGUGUCCAGCAUGGUCAUCAACUGCGUCCCCACUCCUGAGAAACGAGGCGAAAUGCUGCAGCGAACGUGGACGCACCUGAACGAUGAUGGGCACUUGUUCCUCAUGCUGCCGCUCUUGUGCUUGACCAAUUCGACGUACAUGACCGUGGACCACUUUGAAACGAUUCUGAAACGCAUCGGGUUUACCAUUCGCGACAAGAAAGAAACCCCCAAAAUUGCCUUCUACUGCCUGCAAAAGCAGGCCAGCGACCAGACCGUGGGGCCGAUUUCCCAACAGACCCUGCGUCCUGGCCCCAAGCGCAACGACUUUAGCGUCGUGGUCUUGUAAUCAAGUGUUGAUUGUGCAGUUCAUGAAUGUAGUCA